AUGGGUGGAAAGUAUAAAAUUGUUAUGAUCCGCCAUGGCGAAAGCGAAUGGAACCAGAAAAACUUAUUCUGUGGCUGGUUCGAUGCUGACCUCAGUGACAAAGGACGAGAAGAAGCAUUUUCUGCUGGUAAAGCUUUGAAAGCCGAAGGUUAUCAGUUUGAUGUCGCCCACACAUCUGUACUGAAGCGGGCACAAAUUACAUUGAACUCUGUCUUAAAGGAAAUUGGUCAAACAGACAUUCCAAUCAAUAAGACUUGGAGACUGAAUGAAAGGCACUAUGGAGGUCUAACAGGCUUAAACAAGGCUGAAACUGCUGCUAAAUAUGGUGAAGCUCAGGUACAAAUUUGGCGUCGUAGUUUUGACGUACCUCCACCAGCAAUGGAGAAAGACCAUCCCUACUAUGACACUAUUGUGAAUGAUCCCCGCUAUGCUGGUGACCCAAAACCAGAUGAGUUCCCCAUGUUUGAAAGUCUAAAACUUACCAUUGAUAGGACUUUACCCUACUGGAAUGAUGUUAUUGUGCCGCAGAUAAAGGAAGGGAAAAAGAUAAUCAUUGCAGCCCAUGGGAACAGUCUUAGAGGGAUUGUCAAGCAUUUAGAUAAUCUUAGUGAUGCAGCCAUCAUGGAGUUGAAUUUACCAACUGGUAUUCCCUUUGUCUACGAAUUGGAUGAAGACAUGAAGCCAGUUGAUUCUAUGGUCUUUCUUGGAGAUGAGGAAACAGUGAAAAAAGCCAUGGCAGCUGUUGCAGCUCAGGGCAAGGCAAAGUAG